AGGAAGGGUCACCAAAGAGAUGGGAAUGGUAGGAGGAGGAGCCCAUGUAGCACCACUCUCGUGAGCACGCUCCACCCACUCUUCCCUUUUUCUAUCUCUAUGCCAAGUCUGUCGAGUUGAUGAUGCAGUACUGUACAGAACGCGGACAGCUGCGAUGAUGCCGACUUUAGUAGCCGCCUCUGCAGAUAGCUCGGCGUCCCCUAUUGGCUGAGCGUUCUGUCAGUCAAACGGCCAGCGGGGCGGUACUUCAAGGGAAGGCCUCCGCAGAGGCCAAGAGUGGCGGCGGUGCUGGCGCUGCCGCGGGAAUGAGGAGACACCGCUGAGGAACAUCGGCCGUCCGGGGAGCGUCCACGCCUGAGGAACCGUCGCUGACAAGAUUCCACCAUCUGCUGGAAAAGAUGGGGAACGUGGAAAGCAGCAGCCAUUACCAGAAGCACCUCUCAAGGUUCCUUCCUGAUGAACAAGCCGACAUUGACAGCGUCUUCAUUGCCUUAUCCGGGUCGGGGGAGGCUGUUGGAGGAAAGGGGGGCAAGCCAGCCAAGAAGGAUGUGACUCUGGCGAUGCUCAAGGCCCACGUCAAGGAGGCCCUCCCUGAAUCAAUGGUCGUCCGGCUGUACAAUGGGAUGAAGAGCAUCCCGCUGGCCGAGAAGUCUCCUGGGUCCAACGGGCAGGUGGGGAAGGAGCAGUUUGUCGUUUUCAUGUCGGCACUCUUCAAAGGCAACGCCGAGGAAAAGAAAGGCAUCGUCAUGAAAAUGAUAUCGGACACGGACAGCACCGUGAAGGGAAGUCAGAUCAUCGAGUUUGCAGAGGAUCUGGUUGGCUCUGUGGUUCACGUCCUGAGCUACAGGAAGAUGCUGAAGGGCUGGAACUUGAAGAUUAUGCAGAAUUCAACCAUUGGAAUAAAAGCUUUGGCGUCUCAGUUAAUGUCGGAGUUGAAAUCGGCAGAUGGGAAGAGGCUUGAGGGUGGUCAGGCGCUGGACACUAUCUGUGACGUAAGCAGCAUUGAGGAUUGGGUCUUCCGGGUUCCACAGGUCUCCGCUUUCCUCACUGUGGUCGUCCAGCAGGGGCUGCACAUCCUGCACUCUCUCCCGGACCAAGAGCAAGAGAGCUUCCCUUUGCUUCCAGAGUGCCAAGGGGUCCGAAGCAGCCGCUUCGUCAGCCUCCUCAACAUCCCGACCGUCACCUACAUCAACUCUCACCUGCCUCCCGAGCUCCAGCACAAAUGGAGGCUCCUCUUUGCCUCCCAGGUCCACGGCGAGAGCUUUACGCAGCUGUGUGGGCACAUUGUCAACCAGGGGCCCUGCGUGCUGGUUCUGAAGGACACCGAUGGCUACGUCUUUGGUGGCUUUUCAUCGUGUUCCUGGGAAGUUAAACCACAGUUUCAAGGCAACAAUGGAUGCUUUCUGUUCUCUGUUUCCCCCUCGCUUGAGGUCUUCACUUACACCGGCUACAACGACCACUACAUGUACCUGAAUCACGGGCAACAGACAAUGCCGAAUGGCCUUGGCAUGGGCGGACAAUAUGAAUACUUUGGCCUGUGGAUCGACAGCAACUAUGGGAAGGGCCACAGCAAAGCAAAGCCCAGAUGCACCACGUACAACAGCCCCCAGCUGUCGGCCAAGGAGAACUUCACGUUGGACGCCAUGGAGGUUUGGGCGGUGGGAGACCUCCCGGAAAGUGCUGCCGGGGCAGGGCAGAAGAGCAUCCUGGACACAGACCCCGAGGCCCAGGCUUUGCUGGAGAUGAUCGGGAAGAGCCGGAAGAGUGACGGAUUUCGGGAUCCUGCCGAUGGCGACGGGGGCGACAACUGAGAACAAGGCCUGGAAGCUCUUGCCUGAUGCUUUGUGCAGAGCAGUCUCUGAUCUCUCUUCAACACCGCAUGUCAAAACUUGAUAACACAAACCGCUCAAGUGUAAUGUGUUUUCCUAGAGUUGCAUGUUGUCUGGUUAGGGGACAAAUCCUAAGUGUAGCAGGAUGGUUUGUCGGUGGUGGGCAGAUGGGGUGAUUGCAUGCUUUAGCUAGUUCUUAAUAAUCAAGGGUAUUGCUGUAUAUAAAUGAAGACAGGUCCUUGUCCCUCCCCCUCCUUUGGAUCAGUGUUAGCACCCGCUAUUUAGUCACACAUUUCAUCUGUGAGCAGCGCAAGGGAGGAUUCAAGAAUCCUGUUGGGAAACAGCUUCCUGAACGAAUUGCAGCUUGUUGGCUCAAGAGGGCCUUUGCUAAUCAUGCUGAAGCAAGUUUUGUUGGGGACAGUUGGUUCAACUCAGUGUUGAACAUUCACAGACCCUGCUUUAGGAAACCCACAUUUUGAAUGUUGUAAAGGCAGUAGCCAGAGAACUGAACACUUGAUCGAUGCUGCUUUUAGACUGCUUUCCCAGACACCAUUCACAUAAGUGUAUAGGACUGAGAACUAAGUCAGAUUUCCAGGGUGGUGCAGGCACAGGCCAGUGUUGGGAGUGCAAGCAAAAGACCGCCCCCCUGGUGAAUUUCUGGGUGCAUAUGGCAUCACUACACCAGAACCUUUAAGAUGCAUGAGAUUGGGCUGAUCCUUGAGCUGCUGACGGCAAGUUGCAGGUUAACCGGAUCAGCACGAAUCAAUGCUAAAUCAUGCUGUGAAGCAGUGGAUGCAGGCUGUAAGACGGGGCGCCAGUCUGAAGGAUGAAACAUUGGUUGCAGCCAAGCUUAGCAAUGUCUGAAACCCAAAGGCCCAAUUUUCUUUGCUAGGUAUUGUCGAGAAAUGAUUUCAAGUCCUCAGUUUAAGGCCUACUUCAGGAUUCAGUAGGCCUUCAGUAGGGAACUAUAAAGGGUUAUGAAGACGGGGUUCUACCUUGGAUUUUCAUGCGCCUGUCCGCUUUGCAAAUCUGCACCUUUAUGCAGCACAAACCACAUGGCAAAUACCAUGAUAUCCUCUGAAACAUAAGCUGCACACUUUAGAACUACUCAGAACUUCUUAUCAUGCUAAGAAAAGUAAGUGUGUGAAAAAGUUGCUUGCCGAGGCUUGGUAUUCAUAACAUUAGUCAUUAACUUUUUUCCUCUUUUUUUUUUUAAGUCUUAAGGUAGUGAACUUUUGAGUAGAAAAUUAAGUAUGCAAAGCAAGGAAUCUAAAACUGACAUUCCCUUUGCAAGUGUAAAAAAAACACCAAGUAUUAGCUUCCACUAUAGUUCCACUUGAGCCUUGCAGAUUACUGAAAGGUGAGGAAUAACAAUAAAAUAAAAGUGGUCUAUAGAGGUAAACAGUAUGUUGGAAAUUGAAGUGUCCUUUGGCUUGUUGACAUAUUUGAUCAAGUUGCAAAGGCAUAAUUUCCACAGUAGCUGGAUCUGUUCUGGUCUUCUGAGUGAACCGAUCUAGCUUGUGAAUGCAUCUUUUUAUGUUUACUAUUCUGUCUUGGUGACAUCAUGUUUAAGGCCUGUAACCUUAGAAGGAACUAUUUUGUUCCACCGGCUUUGUUGCAAUAAAACUACAAGAUACAUAGGGGUGUUUCUUGUUUGGCAGCUAUACUUUGAUAGCAAAUCCUUCCAUGUUGCCCUAUAGCCAGAUGGCCUCAAAUCUUGCUACACCCUUACUUGGGAGUCUUAUCUGAUUGAAUUCAGUGGGGCUUCUACCUAAAAAUGCUUAGGGACAGGCCGCAGAUCAGAAAUUAAAUCAUGCUCACAGUCAUUUUUCUUUCUGUAGAAUAGUGUCUAUGAGACAAGGCAAGAGAAGCUUGAAACGGAAAAUCUGCAUGUUAAUCUGAAAGAGCUACUUCUGUCCUGAUUGAUGGCUUAUCUGUGUAGAUAGAUGCUGUGUCUUGCUGUGUAUCCAGCCUAUGAUAGCUAGCUAUUUUUAUCCUCUUUUUCAUAGGGGCAAUAGGAAGCUGCCUUUUACAGAGUCAAGCUCUUCAUCCAUCCUCUCCUGGAGCUGCAAUUCUCAGAGUCUAUAACAAUCAGUCUCUCUUCACAGGGAACUCUGCGAAUUGUAGGUCUGUGAGGGGAAUUGGGGGGGGGGUGUCUUCUAAACAACUCUUUGGGGGAAAGCCAUGACUGUUUAAGGUGGUAUCACAGGAUUUUAACAUGUAUGGUGUUUAUGUGGCGCAAGUGCCUCUCCUGCUGCUGGAACCAGCCUCCCCUCAAAAGUAGAUCAAAAGAGAGGCCUGCCAGAGGAUGAUUUUCACUUGAUCCCCUACUUUGGGAUAGAUGGACUUUAGCUGAUGGGUAGAAUGCAGUGGUACCUCUGGUUACGAACUUAAUUCGUUCCGGAGGUCUGUUCUUAACCUGAAACCGUUCUUAACCUGAGGUACCACUUUAGCUAAUGGGGCCUCACCCCGCUGCCGCUGCGUGAUUUCUGUUCUCAUCCUGAGGUAAAGUUCUUAACCUGAGCUACUACUUCCGGGUUAGCAGAGUCUGUAACCCGAGGUGUUUGUAACCCGAGUUACCACUGUAUGUGUUUGGUAGGCGAAAAGGCUGAAGUGUGACCCAGGCAGCUCCCGCUAGCAGGAUCAUGUAGGUGUUGAUAGAAACACCCCCUCCGCAAGAGAGACCUUUAAAGACCCUGCUCAGUCACGGCUGACAGUACUAGGCUUGAUGGACCAAUUAGUCUGACUUGGCUUAAGAUGUAAGUUUUUCUAGCAGAUAUCGAUCAGUGCACGGCAGCGGAGACUAACCUGUGGCCUUCCAGAUGUUGAACUCUGAUCAGCACCAGCCAGGAUGGUCCAGCCGUCAGGGGGAAUCGCCAGUGCCAACUGGGAGGUCACAGGUUAGCCACCCCUGGGGUAAGGGAAGCAAGCGUGCUGAAGGAGGUCACCAAGCUGAUUGCAUUUGCCUGCGGUGGGAGCAUAAAAAUGCCUGCUGGAUCAGGCCAAGGGCCCAUCUAGUCGAGCAUCCUGUUCUCCCAAGCAGCUGCCUGUGGGAAACCGUCAAGCAGGGCAGGAUCGCAAGAUUACUUUGUCCACUUGCAAUUCCCAGCAGCUGGUAUUCAGAGACACAGACUGACAGCGAAGAUAGUACGCCCUUGUUCCUGUGGACCAGGAAGCUGGAUGGAGGAGAAUCAAGCAAAGCACUGCUCAGCACAAGGGAACUGGGCCAUAGCGGAUGUUUUAUAACCCUUUGCAACUCCGUCAAGCAUAGAAAGCCAUGGACAAAGGUGGGGGUGGCCCUGGUUUUUCCUUUUGAUCUUGUUCCAGCCAACUGGAAGAAUUGUAGACUUUUCCAUCUUCUUUAGUUGGCAUUAUUUUUCUCCAGGGUGAUGGCUGUGAGCUUGCUUUGAGCACAUCCUUUUGUCUUUCCUCUUUUUAAAAUAUAUAACGGCGGGUAUAUAUUCACGGAGGGCAAAAUUGUGGCGUAGAUCAGGCAAUAGAUAGCAUGUGUAGGAAAUGCAGCUGGGCAACACAUCUAACACUUGGAAUACAGCUUCAAGGAAAGGGAGAUGUUCCAUGCUGGAAGAAGAGAAACUAUCUAGGCCAGAGACCAGCACAGAAGAGUCUGCUCCUGUUCAUGAUGCUAUUUCUUUCCCUUUUGUUUUCUUUUUAACACCUUUUGAGUGGUAUUGUAGAGAGUGAUUUGCAAAUUGUAUUAUUGAGCUAGAUCUGAUCCUAUAGUUUGCAUUGCCUGCAUUGUAUGAAUUCUGACUGUAUAGGCUGUAGCCCUGGGAUGUCUUGCAUAAAAUGCUUUUUUUUCUUUGCCUCUCUCUGUGGGCCAAAAGGGUAAGAGGGAGGCAUUGCACAGAACUGACAGGAAGACAGAACAGCCUUGUAAAAUGAAAACAUUCCUCUUAUCAAAGGGAAUGAUGUGUUAGCUGCCGAAGACACGGAACUUACCCAAGGGCACCAGGGCCAGCCAGAGAUAUGAAUUCGACAGUAAUUGACAAUACGCAUAGAUGAUGUGAAGGGGGGGGGGGAGAUGCGCAAAUCACCAUUGUCCCCUAUAGUCCUGUUUAUGUUACCACUGCCUAAGCCAGCAUGUGUUUACGCACAGGACGUGUACUAGUGACCCCCUUGCAUGCGUGACCCCCUUGCUUGCGCACUCUUACAGAGGGGAAAGAGCCCAAAAGAAGUGUAUAAGAGAGCUUUGCAAUUUGUGUUUCUUUACUCAUGUCGUGGAACUAGCCACCUUGAGUCUCUUAUUAAUAAGAAAUAAAAUUCUUUCUCUGGAAGAACUCAA